AUGCAGCGGUUGGCACCGCCAUCCGUCCGCCUUCGCGACUAUCAAGAAGACAGCAUCAAUGCCAUCCUGAAAUACCUCGACAAAGGCGAGAAGCGACUUGGAUUGUCUCUUGCUACCGGAGCUGGAAAGACAGUCAUCUUCACCCAUCUCAUCGACCGUGUCGCAGCUCCCACUCAAGAUGCUACUCAAACGCUCAUCCUCGCUCAUCGGCGGGAGCUGGUCGAGCAGGCGGCGCGGCAUUGUCGUAAUACAUACCCAGAGAAGAGUGUCGAGAUUGAGAUGGCUAAAAGUCAAGCGACUGGCUUAGCUGAUAUCACCGUCGCCUCGGUUCAGACGCUGCAACGCCCGGACCGUUUGAUGAGGUUUGAUCCUGAUCGCUUCAAGCUGGUGCUUGUGGAUGAAGCGCAUCAUAUCGUGGCCGACAGCUAUAUGAAUGUUUUGCAUCAUUUCAAGCUGGACUCUUCCGGCGAGAAAGGCCCUGCUGCACUUGUUGGAGUCUCGGCAACAUUUUCUCGUCAUGAUGGGCUGAGGCUCGGUCUGGCAAUUGACCAUAUCGUGUAUCACAAAGACUACGUCGAUAUGAUCGAUGAUAAGUGGCUUGCCAAUGCCGUCUUCACCACCGUCAGUACUGGAGUCAAUCUUUCCAAGGUCAAGGUUUCACAAGGGGAUUUUCAAACUGGAUCAUUAUCAGAAGCCGUCAACCACGAGCAGACCAAUCUGUUGACUGUCAGAGCAUGGCUGGAGAAAGCGAAGAAUCGACGAUCGACGUUGGUGUUCUGCGUGGACCUCGCUCAUGUUGCAAGUCUGACGGCCAUGUUUCGACAGCAUGGUGUCGAUGCACGAUAUGUGACCAGUGACACUCCAACCAAGGAGCGAGCUGAUCUGUUGGAGGCGUUCAAAGCUGGUCAUUAUCCUGUGCUGUUGAACUGCGGCAUCUUUACAGAAGGCACCGACAUACCUAAUAUCGAUUGUGUCAUUCUGGCUCGACCUACUCAGUCACGCAACCUCUUGAUUCAGAUGAUCGGACGUGGCUUGCGCUUGCAUCCGGGGAAAGAGAAUUGCCAUGUGAUUGAUAUGGUGUCUUCGUUGGAUGCCGGAAUUACGACGACGCCGACUUUGUUUGGUCUUGAUCCGGCGGAGAUUCUGAAAGAGACAGAUGCCAAGCAGAUGAAAAGUCUUCGACAGCGGAGGGAGUAUGAACAAGUGGGGAGUGCUACUGUAGAGGGUCAACCUCCCGAGCUUAAAGGCAGCAUCACCUUUACCGACUACGACGAUGUCAAUGAUCUGAUACAAGACCACGAAGGCGAGCGCCAUGUACGGGCAUUGUCUCCGCAUUCAUGGGUGGUGGUUGAUGAUGGUCGUUGGGUGUUGAGUGACCGCACUGGAGCUUGUCUUACCAUUAAGCAGGAGGCCGACAAGUAUUUGACUACUCAUACAGCGAGGAUGCCGGCCGGAUCGACUUCCAAAUCGCCAUACGCAAGACCACGGCAGGUUGGCCAAGCAGUGACGUUUGAGGAUGCACUCCAUGGUGCGGAUACCUUUGCUGGGAAGGUCUUUCAGCAUGCGUAUAUCUCGAAGAGUGCGCACUGGCGACGGCAAGCGGCGACUGAUGCUCAGUGUGAGUAUCUGAACAAGUUUCGGGAUGAGGAUAGUCAGCUAGAUCCGCUGUCGAUUAGGAAGGGUGGUGCGGCGGAUCUGAUUACGAAGAUGAAGCAUGGUGCGAGGGGGAGGUUCAAGCGGAUGGCUGGGGAGAAGAAGAAGGCAGUGAGGAAGCAGGAGAAGGUGGAUGAGUGGAAGAGGAGGCAAAAUGAGGCAGAGGUGAAGGUGGGACCGGUGGGUGUGUGA